AUGUUUAAACAUAAAACUGAUUUGAGGAUUCUUCUUUUUUCAAAAAGUGCCACAAGUUGUUCAGUGAAUUGGCACGAGCAGUCCAUGAACACUCUGACUUACAUACUGUUCCUGUUCGCAAUGGGUCAGAUCGUGCCGCUCUCAAUCAUCACCUUCAGCUACGUUAAUAUAAUCAGGACUAUGAAACGGAAUUCGCAACGUCUAGGACGAGUCAGUCGCGCUGAAGCAAGAGCGACUAUUAUGGUCCUAAUCAUGAUAAUCUCGUUCACAAUAGCCUGGACUCCCUAUUCGCUCUUCGCACUCAUGGAACAAUUUGCAACUGAAGGAAUUGUGUCCCCGGGCGCUGGAGUCAUACCGGCACUUGUGGCUAAAAGUUCAAUCUGCUACGAUCCAUUAAUUUAUGUCGGUAUGAAUACUCAGUUUCGACAAUCAAUCAAACGCAUUUUUGGAAUUCACUCAAAGAGAAGUGGCUCUCAGGCUGAAAAAUGUUACAAUAACACCAUAAUGUCUCCCGCACACAAACAGUCAGCCUAUAACGACAUCACAGUACGAUACAACUCUUCAGAAACCAUUGUUUCUACUCCUAAGAGACUAAAGGAGAGAUAUACAAUUACGUCUGAGGACUCCGAUAAUCACUCAAUAUCAUUGUGCAUCAAUGAAAUUAAUCGACCUUCGGCAAAAAUGUGCGAAUUGUGCACUAUACAAGAGAAUAAAACAGUAUCUGAUGCCGAAAGGUCAGGUGAUACAGUUUGCGAUGAAGAAAGUUGUACCAGUAACAAAAAGCUAGAUCUCGUUUUCGGUGAGUCGUGUAAAAUAAAGGAAUCCUCACCUAUAGUUACUAUUGUCGAUACUGACAAGUUAGUAUUUAGCAAGCCACAAAAUACUGCACAAAAAACCUUGAACGAUGUUUAUGGCAAUGAAGGUUUCGAGAAUAGUACAGAUGUGGCAGAUAAGAACGAAACUGAUUUAGAAAGCAAAGUUAGUGUGACUAUACAAAAAAAACCUAUAAAACAUAGCUUCUCAUUGGACUUAGGAAAAGUUGCAAAUGAAGGUAGAAAAAGAAAGUUCUCAAUAGAAACUAAGCUCGACACUUUCAAUCCGCCUAGAAUAUUUUCUAAAGAUCGAGUCGUCAGUAAGCUAUUCGAUUCCGAAUCUUCACGACAUGACAGUGUUAAAAGUUAUUUGUGUGAAAAUUAUAAAGAUGAUGAUGAAAACAUUAAAUUG